AUUCACGAUGGUGACGGAGGUGCUGUGAUGAGCAGCGAUGGCAUAGUGCAUCCUCCACCCGCAAGAAGUCCACGAACCGUGCUGGCACAACUAAGCACUGAAGUGUUAGAUAACUAUAACCUAUUGCAACGACGUAGCAGUGAAUUGGCCAAAUAUCAACAGGCAAUCGAAAUUGAUUUGGGAAGAAUGCGAAAACAAAAGAAAAAUCUGACAGCAAAACGACGUCAACUGAACAAAAACAGUCAACAAUUCGACGAAUCGGGACAAAAAAUCGAUGUGGAAUUGAACGACUCUGAUCGGUAA